AUGGCGGUUCCCUGGCGUGGAGUGUCUGUUAGCUCGGCAGUGAUUGCCGUGCUACUGGCGUUGCGCCAACCAGUGUUUUCGAGAUGUCACCUCCUGGGCGUUUUCGCAGGGGCCUGGAUAUUGCAGAUGCUUGGCUGGGCGGUCUUUGUCGUCUUUCUGUACCCUCAAUACUUCUCCAACCUUCGCUCGCUGCCUGGACCUAAGAACGACCACUGGUUAAUGGGACAGUAUCCCAGGAUAAUACGCGAGCCGACUGGCGUCCCCAUGAUUGAGUGGAUUAAUACCAUUCCUCAUGAGGGCAUCAUUCGUUAUCGUGGUCUGCUGAACCAAGAGCGUCUUCUUAUCACCUCCCCGAAAGCGCUGGCUGAGGUGUUGGUCACUCAUAACUACGAUUUCCACAAGCCCACUGCCGUGCGGUCUUCGAUUGGCCGCAUCCUCGGGAUUGGCGUCCUCCUAGCUGAAGGCGACAACCACAAGAUCCAGCGUAAGAACUUAAUGCCGGCAUUCGCAUUUCGUCAUGUGAAGGAUCUGUAUCCGCUGUUCUGGAGCAAGGCGUGUGAGGGCGUAGAUGCCAUCACCGACGCCGUUAUGGCCGAGGCGGCCAAGUCGGCAGCCGACGGAACCACUGACCCCGAGAAGGCGGCUCUGGGGCCGAAGACCGCAGUGCUCGAGAUUGGCAACUGGGCGUCGCGAACCACCCUCGACAUUAUCGGUAUGGCUGGUAUGGGUCGCGAUUUUGGUGCCAUUCGCGACCCUACGAAUCCCCUGAACCAGACAUACCAGCACGUAUUUAAGCCGAGUCGCCAGGCUCAGGUUCUUGCCGUCUUGGGCUUGCUUCUUCCUGGGCCUCUCGUUCACGCCCUUCCCUUCCAGCGAAACGGCGACAUCGCGAAGGCCGCCCAAACUAUCCGCGCCACUUGUCGAGAACUCAUCCGAGAGAAGAAAGAGAAGCUCGAGCGCAAGCAGCUUACCGACAUUGACAUACUCUCCGUGGCCCUCGAGUCCGGUGGUUUCACCGAGGAUAACCUUGUCGACCAGAUGAUGACCUUCCUCGCGGCGGGUCACGAAACCACGGCCUCGGCCAUGAUGUGGGCCAUCUACUGCCUCUCCUUGCACCCCGAAGUCCAAUCCCGUCUUCGACUCGAGAUCCGCGAGCGGCUCCCCAUUCCUGGUACACCUGGCGACAUCACAGCCCUCGACAUUGACCACAUGCCCUACCUCAACGCCGUCUGCAACGAGGUCCUACGCUACUACUCACCGGUGCCCAUGACCCUCCGUGAGGCCGCCGUCGACACUGUAAUCGACGGUACCAAAGUCCCCAAGGGCACUCGCAUUAUGCUCUGCCCGUGGGCCACUAACAAGGACACGGCGCUGUGGGGCUCCGACGCCGGCCGCUUUGAUCCCGACAGAUGGAUGCCCCGCGACGGUGCCGACGCCGAGAGUAAGAAGGCCGCGGCCAGUGGCGGCGCCACGAGCAACUACGCCUUUAUGACCUUUUUGCACGGGCCGCGCAGCUGCAUCGGACAGGGCUUUGCCAAGGCCGAGUUUGCGUGCAUUUUGGCUUCAUGGAUUGGGCGUUUUGAAUUCAGUCUGAAGAACAAGGAGGAGUACGACGAGAAGAACAUGACCAUCAAGGGCGGCGUCACAGCACGCCCCGCCAAGGGCUUACAUGUGUACGUCAAGAUAGUUGACGGUUGGUAA